AUGUGGGAGCAGCGGAUCUGUUUUAUGACAGGGUUGAAAAACGCGGGAAUUCGGGUCCGAUUCACAAACAGCCGCCACGCAAAUCUUCCCUCAGUAAAAACCUGGCGCCAAAAAGGCCCAGCUGCGCGCGCGCCGCCCCGCUGCGACGUCACUACCGUGCGCCGCCCACGUGACGUCACUGAGGUGCGCCGCCAACGUGACGUCACUGCUGCGCGCCGGGCAGCGGUUGCCAUGGAGGCGGCGAUGAAACGUGGAGAGGAGGAGGAGGAGGAGGAGGAGGAAGACGAAGACGAAGAAGAAGAAGAAGAAGAAUGGUUGCUGCAAUCCCUGCACAUGUACGAGGCUCUGCACGCCUUCGAGCUCCAGGCUCCCACCCGCGUUAUCGAAUGGGCCCUGGGGAAACGUGUCUGCGUGGCCGGGUACGAGUGCUCUGGAAGGAAUGAGAUCCUGCAGCUGCUGCCACCACCAACACUGCAAGCAAAGGAGAAUCAGGGUCUGUGUCCCCAGAGAGAUUUCAAGGUGGAAUGCGGAGGGUUCUCAAACCGCCCUGUGUACAACCUGAAACACGUGCCGGACACCAGCUUGCUGGUGACGAGCGGCCCGCCCGACAGCUCCCUGCAGGUUUGGCAGAUGGCAGCAGAAGAUUCUGAUGUGAUUCAAUCUGUAGGUGCCAUCUCGACCGAAAAUGGCACUGAUGAGAGCUGGGCGAAGAUCGCCACCAUUUCAGCCAGAGCCCCGUGGGUCCUUCACGGCUCAAGGCUCAGCAGCACGCGGAUCACAGAGGUGGAGUCGCAGAAGGAGGUGUACAGAGCAGGAGCUCUGCUGAUGGUUUUGGUGCCAAGAGUCCCAGGGAGGUUGUGGAUGCCCCGUCCUUGGACGUGUUCAAGGCCAGGUUGGACGGGGUCCUGGGCAACCUGA